AUGGUGACAGUGACCACCUAACACCUAGUACCUUUGCAAUACUUAGCUUUUAUACACAAUUAUGGAGGAAGGAGAAGAAGGUGUGGAUUAUACAGCAAGGAGAGCAGAGUCUGUUGAUUCUGAUGCAGUUUCUGGACUCAUUGGGAGAGAAACUGAGGAGCUGUUUGGCCGUCUUGAUGCAAAUGCAGUCAUAGAGAAGGCUAACUUAGCUAUAUCACUGGUGAACAAGACAGAGAAACUCCUUGCUUUUGCUGCUUUUUAUGAUCAUCCCUCACUUACCAAUGUAAAGCAAUCUGAAUGGGAGGAAUGGCUACACUCAACAUACAGCAUACCUCAAGCUAAUCCUAUGAAUUCUCUCUUUUUGAAACUUUUUGUCGCACAAGGUGGCUACACACAAGGUGCACUUGCAGAACUACUGAAGACAGUAUUUGUUGCUGUUCCACUAUUGCAGUAUGUUUUCAUAUGCCCUACAUCAAAUACAGACUCCAAGCUACUCCUCCAGUUUACUCCAUUGCAAACCCUAAAGGAGGAGAAGAAGGAGAAGGAAGAAGACAGGGAAGAAGAGAGAGAACCUGGUGUAUAUGUUACUCAAAGAUACAAGCAUUACCCAAUGCUGCACAUUAGGCCAGCUCAAGUUGAGGACAAUGAUGAUCUCCUGCCAAUAAUACAUCAAUACUCACCUCAGCAUUUGACUGAGAUAUAUGGCGAUUACUUUAUUGCUGAAUUAGUUGAAUCUCAGGAUAGUGAUCACAAAACAAUAGUUGCUGAAGUUGAUGGUAGAGCUGUUGGAUUCAUCAGUGUCAGUACUGAUGUUAAUCUAUCCCUUUUAUGGGAUCAUUAUCAACUGGAAUCAUUCCAUGGACUGAGGAAACCUUCACCUGAUGAUGUCAUCACAACAAUAAAUACACUAGAGAGCCACAAGACAUCAAGCAGUUCAAUGCCCAGUAGCAAAACACCAACUACUACAGUACCGACUGAAAAAACCUCAAUGGUUAGUAUUGGUGAUGCUAAAAGUCCAACUCCAGCUAGCACAACAGGAACUACUGAUGAUAAAACAGAUGGAACUGGUCACUGUAGUCUUGCUUCAGAAGCUGGAUCUGUUAUUGGUGCAACAAGAGAAGGACCUACUGAACAGUGUAAAGAGUACUAUCUUUGUGGCCCUAGCAAUACAGUAUCAGUUCAAUUAUUCAGUAUUAAUGAGCUGUAUGAAAUGAGAUCCAUUGAUCUCUUACCUGCCGUAUUUCAAGCAUUUCCGGACGUUGAUUUCCUCUUGUUAACGCUCCCCUCUCAUUUUCAGCACUUUCCUCUCCUCUCACACUUCACUCGUAUAAGUCAAAGAGAAGGCAGCACUUUAAACCAAGAGUUAUACAUCUUACACAAAUGCUCCCUAUUACAUUCUCUUCAAGUGAGGUCCCUCCAACCAGAGGACAUGACUGGGAUUGAGUCAUUGAUAGUAUCACUAGCAUCAGAAAAGAAUGUACUACAGGACAUCAGACACUUCAUAACUGGGGAGAGGGACCCAAUCGAGAAAAAUGGUACACCCAUACAUGGCUAUGUGGUUGAAAUGCUUGAGCAAAUUGUUGGAGUUGUUAUAUUAAGACAAGAAAAAGAUAUCACAUACUUAAGAUCCCAUUACAAUAUCGACGAUUACAUUUAUUUCAGUCAGCACACGCCUAAAGAACACUUGCAUCUUCACCAUUUCUUAUUGAAUCCAAUAUUUGCUCCUCAUGUUAAACACAUACUCCAGGAAUGCCUAAGACUAUCAAACAGCAGUAAUAUCUAUUACCCACUACCAGUUACUGCACCUCAUUCUCUCACUCACUCACUAACACUGGCCCUUCAAGAAAUGGUGCCAGUUAGAUACAGGAGACAGGUUGAGUAUCCUAAAGGGCUGGGAUCUAAUGCUCCUAUUAGUGACAUAGUACAAAAGGAGGAGAAUCCUUUUGCUCUGUAUCACACUAACAGAAAACUAAGUCUUGAGCCUAAGAUACCAGUUAAUACCAGGGUUGUAUUCAUUGGUGCAUCUGAUACUAUACUGUCUUGUUUACAGGCAAUGAUAUUCAGUCCUCAUUUAAAGUUUAAUAAUUUAAUACUUGUAUCAACUCACGGGAUGUCUAAGAGCAAUGGUGUACUUUCUGACAGCUGUUGCUUCCUUGAUGACACUUUCAGUAGACUAGGACUGGAGACGUGGAUUACAAUAGUACCUGGGACAUUACUUGAAAUAGACAGACAGAGACAAACGAUAAGAAUAGGACUGUCUAACGGGGAGAGAGAAGAGAGUCUGAUCCAUUACGACUAUCUUGUACUAGGAACUGGUACACAGUACUGCAUUGAAGAGCCUCAAGAGGGUAAUGGUAAUCAUGAGGACAUUGAAGGUAUCAUAACAUUACAAGGGAAUGAUAAUGACGAAGAAAUAAUGAAGAGGGUCAGAGAUGAUAUAGGAACUGAAGGUUCGGCAGUGAUAUAUGGCUAUACAGUAGAUGCACUAUGUGUAAUGAGGCAUCUUAUCAAUGAGCUCCAGAUACCAGGGAAUAGAAUAAAGUGGGUACAACCCAAUCCUCCUCCUCCUCCUCCUCCUUUACUCAAAAACCAAACCGUGAGAGGAAAACUGAGCAAUAUAGUGCAAGCAUUAGGAGUCACCGUAUAUGAGGGUCCCUAUAGUUUGGUGAGGUGCAAUAGCAACGGAACUCAACUGACAUCAAUUGAUGUAAUCAAUGAGGACUAUGAUGAGAUUUUGAAUAUACCAUGCAAGGUUAUGUUUUGCAUUGAAAACCAACAAGUUAACCUGGAAGCAUUUCAUGCUAUUAACAAUGCAUGUGUAGUGUAUGAUGAUAGACUAGUAAUUGGUACAGCUAAUAACACUAAUGAUAAGAAGAUACUAGGAGCAGGACCCCUCACUAAAUAUUCACGUCUGUACAGGACCCAGUGGUCUCACAAGUUAUACAAUUCAAAAGAAGUAGGGGAGGAGCUAGCAAAAAACUUAUUGGCAAAGCUAGACCCAAUUCAAUCUCCUGGAGACCAAUCGGAGGAGGACACACCCACUCUACUGACCCCUGUCUUCAAUAAACCUAAAGAGGUCUAUGCUCUGUUGCCAGAUAAUUAUCAUUACCUAUUCAUUGAUAAGCCAAGACUUCCAACUGACUUUAUGACUACUUCAUUAUCAGAAAAGGGUCAGUAUAUAUAUACAGACACAGCGAAUGGAUACUUUGAAUUAUACAUAAAUGAAUAUCAUAGAAUUGGAACAAUCACUGUCCUUAGCAAACAACCUUUCGAAGUGUCAAAUUAUCGCUGUCUCUACAAUCAACAUGAGCAAUAUUUAAACAAUCUGAUGGCAAGAUGGAAAAAUAAACUCAUUGAUGACCUAUUCUUAUAUUUCAGAGAGCAAUGGGUUUGUGCAAUAUUUCAUGACAGAUUUAUUGAUUUCCUUCAAGAAGUCACUGAUAUUGUAUCACUGGGUGAAGGAUCAUUUAAAGAGAAAGUUAAGGAAAUCAUUGAUGAUAACUCAGCUGUCUCUCUGGAAAAUAUUGAAGAUAAACUAACAGCUGCUUUUGCUGGCUUUGAUUUGAAUCCUUCCCUCCAAAAAAGACUCCAUCAUUACUUAUACUACAAUUACAACCAUCUACCAAUGUUCGCACAACAAGACAUGAUGUAGUUACAUAUUAAAAAACAUUACACACAUUUACUAUAAUGAACAUUACUAGUGAAGAUUAUUGUUAAUUUCGAUUAAGAGCAAUAGAGUGUAAAAUCAGGUA